AUGCCGUCGACCGGUUUCUCGGAUCUCGAUGACGAGCUCCUGGCGCACGUGCUCAGCUUCUCCGCAGCUCGAGACGUCGAGGCGCUCACUGUCGCGUCUGCUGUGGUCGCUCGAGACGUCUUACCGCAGUGUGCCCAUAUCUGGGCGCACCUCUUUCGCCGCCGCUGGGAAGCGCUCAAUUACCCGCUGAGUGGCGUCGCAGGAGGCGAAGCGCUGCUCCAGUUGCACGAGAACUUGGACGCGCUGUUCCCCAGUUCGUGCUCAACCAGCCGCAAGUUCCAGUUGCUGGCACACGCCAUUGUGCCCGUGCCUUCUUAUGCUGACAUACAAGAGACGCAAAGGACUGUGGGCUACAUUGAUGCAUACCAUCGGAUUAUUGCGCUGCCGCCACGAGACUGGACGCAGCCACACACGGUCGACUUUGCACUCGAUGGACAGAUGCUGGGAAAUGACCGGUGCGUGCGAGCAAAUAUGCCGUUUCUUACGACGCCCUACGUCGCAGUGUACAAGCGCUUUGUAACCGAAGAAGACAAAGCUCAAGGCCACACACGGCCCGUUUAUCAAAUCGGCAUUGUUACUGGAGGGUACUUUGAGCUGAGCGUACGGGAGCGGCAACACCGACAUGCGCGAGUUUCGUCGUUGUUCGGCCAUGAACCCAUGACGUCAAUUGGUCUGGUCGAUGCAAAGUUUCCGCUGGUGGGCAAGCAACCGGGGUGGACACGCAGAUCACACGGGUACCACGGCGAUGAUGGUCGAUACUACCACGGCACUGCAUUCCAGGGUCAGCCUUUCGGCCCCCGUUUCAAAGCUGGACGCACUAUCGGCUGCGGGAUCCACACUAGUCCUACUACUGGAACGUCGUCUAUAUUUUUCAGCAAUAAUGGCGAAUUGAUCUCGACUGAGCAUGGAGCGUAUCUUGAGGGCGAGCAUCGAAACUGGUACCCAGCGGUUGGACUGGACUCAUACGAUGCGUUGCAUGUCAACUUUGGCCAAGAACCGUUUGCAUACAGCGAUGUUGCAGAUCAAUUGUUUAACGAGUGCAACGCCAUGGGAAAAGCUGUAGUGGAAAAUCUGCAGUGGUAUGACAUUUGUGACUCGGACGGUGAGAGCACUGAAGAUGGAAGAAACAGCAGCGAGGGCGAUGCUGGAAAUAGCGCUGGAUCCGACAUGUCCGACGACGACAUUAGAGCGGGACUGAUUGUGCGCAUAUUAGCAAUGCGGCAAGCAGGAAUGGACUUCUUUUGA